AUGCGGCAAGCAGGAGCUCGAUGCGUGUAUCCCUCUAGGAUAUUCUGGUGCUCUAAGCGUUUUUGUGGGGGAAAACCAAUAAUAGGAGAGUCCAUGUCAUCAGCUCUUGGAGCUUCAAAGGCCGAGGCAUCUUUUUCAGAAAGUCAUUCUUAUAAAGAUCUAGAGAAACGGCUGAAAGGACUUUCUGAAGAUGAUCAACGACUAAUUCUUGACGCUUUACAGCAUCCGGAGCAACAACCAAGCUCAAAGAUGGGUGGUACUGGUAUUGGUACUAAAACAGGUGAUAUGGUGGCUGCAUUUACAUGUGGACGUUGUGAUCAUCGAAUGGUAAAAAAAUUUAGUAAACAUGCAUAUACUAAAGGUAUCGUUAUAGUUCAAUGUCCUUCCUGUGAGGUGCGGCAUCUCCUAGCCGACAAUCUUGGUUGGUUUGUAGAUGAAGCAAAAAAUAUUGAAGAUAUACUCCGAGAAAAAGGGGAUUCCUUCACGCGAAUUGGAGCCGAUUACCAGGUUGAUCCUUCUGAAGAAAAUGGAGAGACCGCUUCUAAAGGCUAA